AUGGCAUUGGUUACUGGGGAUGCAUCUACCUUUAGCUGUGAACAGAGAAUAGUAGAUUCUCCCCCCGGCCCCGCUGCUUUCAGCAGAGGGGAGAUGGUGGAAAGUGACAGAAGAAAGGCACAUUUUGAGGUGAGUCCGGAGAAAACGGUGGCAUCUAAGGCUGAAAGCCCGACGGAAACACAUUUCUACUCAAUACAAGACACACAUUUAAAAGCAGAGCUGAGCGCGCCGUCUCAGGAGGCGGUGAGCCUACGCGUUCCGGACUUUCCAAACAGAGACCGGCCGCUCCCGGGGGAAACCGCCUCUGGGGCCGCAUCCUCGCUGCCGCAUCCCCGGGUCACCGGCUGGGGGCGGGGACCGGGAGCUGAGAGUGCUCGCGCCGGGCGGGGCGUGGCGGGCUGGGGGCGGGCAGGAGGCGCAGAGAACGCUCUCCGGUUCGGGCUGCGGGUGCGGUGCGGGUGCGACGCGGGCGAAGCGCGCAGCAUGCUCGCGGCCGUGGGGAGCCUCCUGCGCCUCGGCCGGGACCGCUUGGUCCGCUGCCCCCCUUUUCCGCCCUGGGGUCUUACCUGCUACUCCAGCGGCGAAGCCCCCAGGGGCUCGGGGCCCCACGGUCCAGGGAAGGUUCACAAGGUCCUCGUCCAGCACCGGCCUUCGCAAUUCGACAAGAAAAUCCUGCUGUGGACCGGGCGUUUCAAAUCGAUGGAGGAGAUCCCGCCUCAGGUCCCGCCAGAAAUGAUAGAUGCUGCAAGAAACAAAGCUCGAGUAAAAGCUUGUUACAUAAUGAUUGGACUCACGAUUAUCGCCUGUUUUGCAGUGAUAGCAUCAGCCAAAAGGGCUGUACAACGACAUGAAUCCUUAACAAGUUGGAACCUGGCAAAAAAAGCUAAGUGGCGUGAAGAAGCUGCCUUAGCUGCACAGGCCAAGGCUAAAUGAUAGUCUAAGUGGCAGAGUGUUCUCCUGAAUACCAUCCCUGUCAUCAAAAACAAUAGAAGAUAGGAAAAAUAGAAUAUUUAACAAAAUAAUCACUAUGAUUUUAUUCUGUCAACAAGAAACACAAGAUCUUUUUUAUUUUUAUUUUUUACCAAACUUUUAUUGAAGUAUAUCAUACAUUCAAAAGAGUGCACAAAAGUGUAUACAGCUUAAUAGAUUUUUUACAUAGUGAACACACCUGUGUAACCGCUGCCAAGGUCAAGAUGUAAAACAACAACAGUACUUUAGAACCUCCUUCCUGCCCUUUCUCAAUCAUUAAUCCCCAGAGGUAACCAUUGUUCUGAGUUUUAUAACCAUAGAUUAGUUUUUCCUGUUUUUGAGCUUUAUAUAAAUGGAAUUUAUGCAGUA